AUGAUGGCGCAUGAAUUACCCUUACUGAUUCAUACGAAGAAAUCUAAUCAUAAUGUCCCACCUUCCAAAGCUCCAAGUGCAAAAACCAACAAGCACAAACCUCUGAAAAGCGGUAGUGAUGAUAGAGGAUUGCCUAACGGUGGUAAAGUGGAUUUUGGGAAUAAAUCCGGCUCGCAGACGAAUAAAAAGUCGAAUAAGAAGACAUCUAAGCACACGUCAUCAAACACAUCUAACAACAAAGGGGUGACUAGAGUAUUGCCAGAUGGAAGCAAGCCGAAUUUUGGGAAUGAAUCCAGUCAUCAGAAUGGAGGUAAUCAUAAAAAACAGAAUAAUGAGCCAUGUUUACCUAAUGGGGAGAAACCCAACUUUGGCGAAGGCUCCAAGUCCCAUUCGAAAAAGAAAAAUAACGACCAUGUUCUUCCUAAUGGAGAAAAGCCUAACUUUUUUAACGAAAAGUCGUCUAAGAAAGCUACGAAACCCAAGGAAAAGAAGCCACUCAUCACGGAAGAUACGUAUGCUGGUUCCUCGUUUCAUUCCUCCCCUGCAGCAUUAAAUUUGCCAAAGCCGUCUUUCAAGACAUCUCCGAAGACAAACGAUGCUAAGCAACAUACAACUGAGCCAAAUUAUCACGUUAACCCUCAAGUUAAUACACCACCUCAACAUUCUGUUAAUGUGCCUCCCCAACAUCCUGUUACUACUUAUCCGGCAGGGAAUGGUGUACCAAAUAUUCCUACUGUCCCUUCGAAUCCAACUGCCUUUCCUCCUAGAAACCAUUACGCUCAACCUGGUUUUUCGUACUAUGCUACUCCCCAAGGUUACAUCAAUUAUCAAUACCCUCAAGUACCACCUCCACCACCACCUCAGGGCGGUGUUUACCCAAUGGUUGCACCCCAAUAUCAACAGCAACCACAACAACAUCCGCAACAACAUCCACAACCACAACCACAACCACAACAACUACCACAACAACAUCGUCCACAUCAUCUUCCUGCUAUUGCUGCUCCGCAGCAAGGUCACAGAAUCAGUUUUAAUGAAUUGUUGGGUUCCUCUAAGAGCUAG